GGAAUAAUUGUGGAUUCAUCGGGCUAACAACAACUAGAAUGGGACAACACCUUCGACAACAUGGACGAGAAGAGGAAUGCAAAUGGGCGCAAUGCAAUGGAUUUCAGCGAACGAGCUACGAAGACCUGGAGUUACACAUUAUACACGACCACUUCUUUGAUGACAGAAUCACCUUUCCUUCCCUAGAUGAUUGGCUGGAAUAUCUCCCAGAAAAAAGAAUCGACCCAGAAACCACUGAUUUACGCUUCUGUCCAAAACACCUGAGAAGCAAGCUGAAGUUGUUACUGUUUGAUGAGGACUACCUGGACAUGCCGACAAACAAAUCCUACACAAUGAGCGACCACCUGUGUACACUGGAUUUUGAAAUAUCAAUUUUGCCCUUUUCUUCAACCUCAACUGCCAAGUUUAUGGAUGCUUGUACUGCAGGAAAGGAAGACCGUCUUCAAGCUUUGCUUUUAGAUUUUAGGCACUCAAAAAUGAACAGGAACAGGUUCCUCGAAACUCAAGGGAAAUAUUUUAGCAGCAAUAUGAAGGAGAAGAAACCCUUUUAA